AUAUAAACACUCCCACCAAAUGGACUUGUAAUUCUCAUCUUUCGAUUCUCUCUUUGCCUUCCUUGUUUAUUUUUUACAAAAUCGAAUUAAAACCCGCUUGGCAAUAUGCAGAAUCUGAGAUGGGUUCUAAUGCUCCAUCUGAUUAUUUCAUUCUCUGCUCAGUUGUCGAAAUCCCAAAGGACUCAGGCAACUGGCCCAGGCUGUAAUGCAGCUGAUAGAGCUGCACUUCUUAGCUUUAAAGCCAAGAUAAUGAGGGACACAACUGGCAUACUCGAGUCGUGGGUGGGCGCAGAUUGCUGUGGAGGAAGCUGGGAAGGUGUUGGCUGUAACCCGGCUACUGGAAGAGUCACUUCCUUGGUGCUGCAGAAACCUUCUGGCGGUGGUGCUGCUGAUAAUAUUUACAUGGAGGGCACCCUGUCACCUGCUUUAGGGAACUUGCAAUUUCUUGAGGUGCUGGUGAUCAGUGGGAUGAACCGCAUCAGAGGAAACAUUCCGAAUACUCUCUCCAGUUUAAGACACUUAUCCCAGCUUGUCCUGGAGGGAAACUCACUCGUAGGACCUAUCCCUUCAGCCAUCAGUCGUCUUUCUACUCUUAAGACCCUCUUGUUAGAUGGCAAUCGUCUGAGGGGUCGAAUCCCUCCUAGCUUAGGAAACCUUAAGGGCCUCCUCCAGCUCAAUUUAGCAAAAAAUUAUCUUGCAGGUCCUAUCCCACCUUCCUUUAAAAACUUUCAGAGCAUGCAGUUUCUUGAUUUUAGUCACAAUUUACUAUCUGGGGUAAUCCCUGGUUUUAUUGGGCAGUUUCACAAUCUGACUUUUGUCGAUCUUUCUAAUAACCAGCUCUCUGGUCCAAUACCCAUAUCACUUUGCAGUCUUACUGCGCUUUCAGAUGUUUCCCUGAGCAACAACCAGCUCACUGGAAGGAUCCCUGACCAAAUUAGUGGCCUUAAAUCUCUCACCAGUCUUUCCCUUAGUAAUAAUCAUCUUACAGGUCAAAUUCCUGCAUCCCUUGCCAAAUUAGAGAACUUAUGGAACCUGAAUUUAUCACGAAAUGCACUCUCAAAUCCUUUGCCAAGUACUCUCGCCAAAGGCUUGCCUUCUUUGCUGUCAAUUGACCUGUCCUACAACCGUUUUAGCUUAGGGACAGUUCCUAAUUGGAUCAGGAGCAAAGAGCUUACUGCAGUCCAUUUAGCUGGCUGUGGCCUCAGAGGGACUCUCCCAACCUUCACAAAACCUACCUCUUUAACCUCCGUAGAUUUCUCCAAUAACCAUUUCGUAUAUGGGAUCUCUACUUUUUUAUCAAGAAUGUCUAGCUUGCAGUUUCUCAAGCUAUCUAACAACCAACUCAAGUUGGAUGUUUCUCACAUUUUAUUGCCAAAAGGGAUAUCUUCUAUUGAUCUCAGUUCAAACCAAUUAUUUGGUCCUCUCACAGCAAUCCUCAAUACCCACACAACCAGCUUCCUUGAAGUCAUUGAUGUCUCAAGGAACAGAAUCUCAGGCAGUAUUCCCAAAUUUAGGAAAGGAUUGGCCUUGAAAGUACUCAACAUUGGGAGUAACAAGAUUGCUGGACAUAUACCAAGCUCAAUCUCAAAUUUGAUCGAAUUACAGAGGUUUGAUAUAGGUCGAAAUCAAAUUUCUGGAAUCAUUCCAUCAAGUUUGGGUUUGCUGGUGAAGCUGCAAUGGCUGGACUUAUCUGUUAACCGCCUCACAGGAAGUAUUCCAAACAGCUUGCUUGGAAUCAAAAACCUGAGGCAUGCAAGUUUUCAAGCAAACAGGUUGUGUGGAAAGAUACCACAGGGCAGACCUUUGAACAUCUUUCCUGCAGCAGCUUAUGCCCAUAACCAAUGCUUGUGCGGCAAACCCUUGCUUCCUUGCAAGGGAAGAGACCACCUCAAAUAGGCCAGUAACUUACUUUGUAACGAAAAGUAACCUGCCAUCUAUAACAUUUUCAUCUUCACUUGCUGCCCAUAUGAUGCUUUUCAUAUAGCAGAGAAGGAAUUAGGUACAAGCUUUCUCUGAUGCUUGCCACAAGCAUCCUACAUUGUACUUUUACUUUGUUGUAAAACUAAAUACGAAGUAGCUCUUUAAAGUAUAGUCUAUUUAAUUGUGCAAAAAAUGCAUACCAACAGUUAACUAAUGAUACUAAAUCUGGAU